UUCCCAGCACUCUGCCUGCGGGAGUCAGUUCUGCUUCCGGGUCAUGAUCUGGCCCCACCCACCCUAGUCCGGCCUUCUUCCCACCGCGUUCCCGAAAGGCCCAGGAGUGCUCCACGUUUCGCUUCAAUGGCGUCGUGAGUGAAAAGAAGGCGGUCAGCUUAGUUACGGCAGAGGUGACCCUCCCGCGAGUCUCAGAGUCCCUGGCGAGCCCGGGCUCGUGGAAAGGGGCUGAGCGAACUCUUAGGCCAAAGGGCCGUCCCGCGCGUUCCACCCUGGGAGUUGUAGUCCCCAGUGCCUCAGCUCUAACGGCAACCUCAGUGUGUGAACUUGGUUACCCACAAGGCCCCCCCGGAAGCUGCCAUUGCUGGACUAAUCGGACUCGCCGGCAAUUAGCCGAGCUUAUUUCUGUGACCCAGAAGCCUUUGCGGGGUCGCGCGAGGAAAGUUGCUAAGGGGCGCUGCGGGUCAACUGCCACCUGGGCCAAGGCGACAGGAAAUUCCUCGAGACCUGUAGGCCCACAACAUGCCUCACAUUGACAGCGGCAUCAAACUGGACUUCAAGGAUGUCCUGUUGCGCCCCAAACGCAGCACUCUUAAGUCACGAAGUGAGGUGGAUCUCACAAGAUCCUUUUCAUUUCGCAACUCCAAGCAGAUGUACAAUGGGAUCCCCAUUAUUGCUGCCAAUAUGGAUACUGUAGGCACCUUUGAGAUGGCCAAGGUUCUCUCUAAGUUCUCCCUCUUCACUGCUGUCCAUAAAUACUACAACCUCAAGCAGUGGAAAGAGUUUGCUAGCCAGAAUCCUGACUGUCUAGAGAAUCUGGCUGUCAGCUCAGGCACAAGCUCUUCUGACUUUGAGCAACUGAAAGAGAUCUUGGAGGCUAUUCCCCAGGUGAAAUAUAUCUGCCUGGAUGUGGCAAAUGGCUACUCUGAACACUUUGUUGAGUUUGUCAAGGAUGUGCGGAAGUGCUUCCCCAGCCACACCAUCAUGGCAGGGAAUGUGGUAACAGGAGAGAUGGUGGAAGAGCUGAUCCUCUCUGGGGCUGACAUCAUCAAAGUGGGUAUUGGACAAGGCUCUAUGUGUACCACCAGGACGAAAACCGGAGUGGGAUACCCACAGCUCAGCGCAGUGAUGGAAUGUGCAGACGCUGCUCAUGGCCUUAAAGGCCACAUCAUUUCAGAUGGAGGCUGCAGCUGUCCCGGGGAUGUGGCUAAGGCUUUUGGGGCAGGGGCUGACUUUGUGAUGCUGGGUGGCAUGCUGGCUGGGCACAGUGAGUCAGGUGGUGAGUUCAUCGAGAGAAAUGGCAAGAAGUACAAACUCUUCUAUGGAAUGACUUCUGAAGUGGCCAUGAAGAAGUAUCCUGGGGGCGUAGCUGACUACAGGUACACAUGGAGGCCAGCAGCAGUGGGUGGCUGCUGGGAGAUGGAUGGUACAGUUCUUGGGAGAAAAGUGGUAAACCGGGUCAGAAUGCUAGAGACUGGGGAAGAGUCACUGGGCUUAAGGAAUUCAGGAGUUUUUCCUACUCUAAGGGCCUCUGAAGGAAAGACAGUGGAGGUGCCCUUUAAAGGGGACGUGAAAUAUACCAUCCAGGACAUCCUCGGAGGCGUCCGCUCCACAUGUACCUACGUGGGGGCAGCUAAGCUGAAGGAGCUGAGCCGGAGAACUACCUUCAUCCGUGUCACCCAGCAGGUGAAUCCCAUCUUCAGUGAGGCGAGCUAGACCCUGGCAGCUCUGCCUUCCCAAGGUAUCAGCACCCACCAUAGGGCGUCCCAAGUGGGCUUCUCACUUGUGCCAGCUCCUUAUUACUCAUUAUUUCCUGGUACCUUACUCCUGAGGGCUCCUGCAGUAAUCUUGUACUUUUCUGUCUGCACAAGUGCCUAGGGCACUCAAUGGGGAGGAAAUAAAGAAGAAAGGCUGAGGAAAGUAAGAUAAUCAAUUCAAAAUCUGAGGACCCAGCAUCCUGAAGAUAAGCGGUAAAGAUGCUGGUUCACAUAUAAGUGUUUUAUAUGGCCUUAGUCUGGAAGAGGUAGGCUUUAAGAAUCAUAUUUUGUUAAUCACUUUCAUUAUGAGUAGAAAGCUCAGAGAAAGUGUUUAUACAUUCAAAUACUGUAAUAAAGAGCAAUCCAAUGAUGUAAAGAGAUUCUGAAGUUUUUGAACAAGGCCCGGCAUCUGGGUGCUGCAAGCAGCACCCCACCAGUUGGCUCCGCAGAAGCAAGGACAAUGAGUACUUUCCCCAUGAAAUGUCUUCUUUCUAGUGUCCCGACCCCCAGCAGGUAACAUAGCAGCAUGAGAAUGUACAAAGUGUAUUCUGGCAUGAAGACACACACACAGAUAUUUUCAGAAUAGCCAAAGGAAAUUUCCUUUCUAUGCUUUUAGCCGUAGAGAAGCCAGUUCUGUUUUUAAGGAAUGCCACACUCUGACCUUAAAGCAGCCUUCAUUCCCCUCCUCAUACCCAAAACAGUGUUUCAAUAAAUCCAAAAUAAUCACUAAACAUACAAAGUAAUUUGAGCAAUGUGUAGUCAGGCCACCCACUGGGCUUUCACUGUAUUCCCAAUAAACUGUGUAGAGCUGAGGAGGAAGGAGACAAGCAGAGGGUACUCCAGUCCUAUCACCAGUGUCUCGAGCUGUCUAUAUGGUCAUAGGACGGGCUGCACUGGGGCCAGAAGGGGGAGGUAUUCACAGAAGGUGGGGAUCAGGGUGUCAAACUUUGUCUUCUGAUAGUUUUCCAGAGACUCCUGCAGAGAAGGGAGCAGGGAGAUCCUGUCACCACCUGGAACCAUUCCCUGAGCCCUCCAUGUUCUGGAGCAUGUGGGUCUCUCGAUUUUGUUCUGCCCAUCCCUUUUCCCAACUUCCUAGUCCUUCCUACUCACCUUUCCUUCCCCCUGGCCAUUUUCUUCCUCGUCAGAGUCCAAAACCAAGUCCCCUAUGGUAAUGACAGAGCUGCACAGAGAUGGAAGACACACUGCAAAAAAGAAACAAAUCAAACUACUCUUCUAGAUGAACAUGGGCCCUCAAGAAUCCAAAAGAUGAGGCGUCCGACCUAGACCCAACUCAGGAAACCUACCUGGUGUCAUCGUCCUAGGGGGCGAUAACGACAGUCUUACGGGGUUCAUGGGAUCAUCCAUGCAAUUCCUGAAGUGGGAGCAAGCAAAGAAGAUAGGGUGAAGGGAAAGCAGGCGAGGAUGUGCUGUUGGUAGGGAGAAGCAACUCUGUACCACUCACUCCUUUUGCUCUGAGGCAAACAGGUCAACUGGGCUCUCCAGUGCUCUUUCACCUAGUGUCUGGGACGGGCCCUUGGCAGUGGAACCUGUUCUCUUGCCCACAGCACUUGCUGGAUCUGCCAUGUGCGUCCCUUGUUCUUCUCUCUCCUCAGGUUUAGAUAUGACCUGGGUUGGUGAACCCAGAUUCCUAAAGGGGUACAGCAUGACUGUGGGGCGCUCCUUAUGGCCUCCCUUAGUGGAUGUCCAUCGGGACUGGAUUCUUCUCCGACCUAGAGGGGCCAGAUUGAAGUGGUGGCCAGCUAAAAGUUCUGGGUGCUUCCUUAAGGCUGCUCCCUGAGGAAGGUAUGGAUCAGGCUUGGCUUUUGGCAGAGGAUUGUGGAGUGCUAAUCUUGGUUGCUGAGGACUCUGCUCCAUGGGCUCUGUCAUGUCCACUGAAUCAGUAAGCGAGCACUCUGAAAAGAAAAGGAAUCUCCUUAUAAAGAGAACAGAUGAUAGAUGAACUCUGCCUGGUUUCUUGUGCCUCAGAUCCAUGUAACCCUUCCAAUGGGUUGUCUCAAAAGGCUAAACACCCUACUCCCAAAUUCCUAGUAUGCCCAAAUGGUCCUGGUACCUGGUAGUGGCCACCUCAUGUCCACCGCAUAAUGGUUCAAGGCACAAGAAGAAGUGAUAGAAACUCCAGGCUGCAUCCAACUGAGCACAUCCUGAAGCUGUGGGCAGGGAGAGAGGCAUGAAAACCACUGUUUUUGAUAAAACUACCCCACACUCUGCCCUUCUGUGUUUUGCCCCAAUAAAACCUGCUGUGCUUGCAGUGCAGGAAGUGCUUUUUCCAGCUGACACAAGUAUUCAAAAAACAGCUUUUCCAUAGCAGCAAGAAAGGAUUCCCCAUAUUCUUGUGCAAGAUCCUGCAGGUGGGGAAGAAGCAGGUCAGGAGAGGACUAGACAAAAUAGCCACAUGGCAACUAACAAACGAGCCAGUCUCACCUGCAGCUUUGAAGUCAAAUCUACAGGGCCCUCUGCUAGCUGCUUCACCUGCUGGCAAAAGGUUUCCCGUGCCUCUGAAAUCUUCCUCAGAUCCUGCUUUGUCUGUUGAGGGUAAGGAGUUAAAGGGAGUUAGGGGACCAGAAUACAGUGGCUGGGAUGAGUAAUUCUGUUACAACUGUUAACUGAGAUUAGUAUUUCUUCCCGGGGUUACUCACGGCUUUGGGAUCCCGCACUACAAGUCCGGAUUCAGGGAAAUGGUGAUGCAGGGCAUUGAGAACCUGGGCCCAAGGCCGAUUCUGCAGGAUCAGCUCCACCACGACCUGUGAACCGUACUGAGCUCAAAAUCUCUACUUCGGGGACCAGAAAUGCCACAUGUAUCCCCUGUACAGACCAUGGAGCCAUAAUCCUUGUUCUGGGAUGGACUGACAGAUGGACAGAAUAACUACUUCAUUACAAAAUAGUUUAUUAGCAUUUGUGCUGCCCAGUGCAAGUGAAGAUCAGCCCCCUCUCCAGGUGCCCCGGCCUCCCCACCUGAGCCCCUAGGGGGCUGCUCUGCAGUGAGCCUGUCUUGAAGCAGUGUCCAUGUUCAUCAAACUCCAGUCCAAUUGCUCCUGGCCCAGGGCUAAGCCCCACCUCGAGAAGCCAUAGGGAUGGUUUCUCCUGAAUUGUCACCUCCAGCGUUUGAGAAGACCCUGCCUCCGGAGGCUGGAGCGACGUCCACCUGGAUGACACCAUGUACUUGGGAGAGCUGAGGACUGUCCAAGCUGGCAAUGAGCUGGCGGGGGCCUGGUCGUACAGGCACAAAUGUCUGACGCAGCGUCACUGUCUCGUUGCCCCCAAUGUCCCUGUGGGCAGAGAAAGGGUCAUGGACCUGGGCUGACUGGGGGUAUGAUGGGAGGAAGAACUGAUGGGGCAUCCAUGAAGGAAGAAGCAGGAAAUGGAGUUUUUCAGUCACUCUGGUCUCACCUGGUAUCUCCACACCCACGACCAGACUGAGUCCCAAGCCGCCUCCACAGUCAGAUCUGUAGCCACCCACCCGGGACUGAGCUGGAAAUCGCUGUCAUUUGACUCCUCCCUCCCCACUCCCACAGACACCUGGACAGAGAUUGCUGCACUGCCUCCCCCUCCACCCCAUUGCCGGCACUCCUCCCUAACCAACCAUUCCCCAUAUUGUCUGGGGGUUCCAAGAGCAAGGAAACCAAAAGGAGACUUUGGGGUUCAACACGGUAUUACCAACUAGUUUCUGUCUUGCUAACUAAGAAAAUGGAAGAAAAGCAAUUGUCCUCUGUGACAAUCACCUUUACAAAAAAGGAGCAUUUGAAUAUUUCAAAACAGUGGAAGGAUGUUAUCCCAGGAAAAAAGGGAAGAGUCUUCCUAAGGGCAGGCAACUGGCAUCUUUAAAUUGACACAACUCUCGUGUGUAUGUGAGAGAGAGAGGCUGAGAGAGACAGAGACAGACACUAUAGUGUCUUUAUUCCCGUCUGUGGACCUCUGAAAAAUCUAUUCCCAAACCACCCCUCUGGAAAUCACAAUUUUGCCUCCUUGCCUCUCAUCUACUUUUUCCAUUCUAUUCUCAGACUGCCUAGAGGUGAACUAAUCCCUUCAAGGGCUUGGCUUCCUUGAGACCACAGCUCCCUAACACGACAUGCUGGCUUGCUCUGACUCAGCCCCUUCCACCUGCAGAGCCCCAUCAGCCCCUACCAUUCCUCCUGCCCACCAGCCCACCGGCUCUUUCUGGUGAACUCUGAACUCACCUGGGCUGUCUCCAGGCCUAGCUCACACCACCUCAUCAGUGAGAGCUCCCUGAGCAUCUCCUGCUCUCAGGAAAAUGACUCUCUCCUCAGAGCUCCUCCAGCCAUCUGCAUGUUGUGCUUUAUACACUGAACAUGACUGAAUUGAAGUCAAACCUGCCAACAUCUGUCCCUUUUGGCGUCUGCCUAAACCCUUAUUUCUAGCCCCUGUCUCAACCUAAGCUCUCUUUGGGGACCCUUCUCUGGAACCUGACCCUGUGUAGACA